CAGAGCCCUUCAUCCAACCAUCCUCCAUUAGCCAUUUCUCUCUCCAUUUGAGAUCUACAUGACUCUGUAUCAUCAGAGAACUCGAAGAUAUUGAGCCCUAAUUUAGAUUAGCCAAAGGAAUUCUGAGAAAACCCACAGAGAUCUGCGAAAACCAUUGAUUGUGGUGGAAGAUGAGGAUUUCCAAGUCCAUGGAUUGUUCUCAAAGCCCCAGUAUCAGUUUACUCUUGCUGCUCGAAGCUUAUGCCAAAAGGUAUUCAUCCAAGAUCCCCUCAGAUUUGGUCCUUUUUCUAGGCCUUGGAUUCAUUGAUUGGUAGCAUUCACUGUAUUCAAUACUCGUCUUUUUCUUAAGGGGGGGAUAAUUAGUGUUGAUUCAGGUUUUCUAAUCUGGAAGGGACACGAUUAUUGGGGAUUAGAGUUAGACGUUUUCUUUCAAAUCUAGGGUUUCUCUGUAAUUCUGUUCUGUAAAUGAAAAGUCAUCAGCUUUCUACCCUAUUAUUGUUGGAUUCAAGUGCAUCUUCAUCUCAUGAUGAUGAACAAGAACUCGAAAUGAAUCGCCAACAGAUUUCUGACCCAUCUGAUAUAAUUGAGAAGAGUUUCAUUAAUGUCCCUAAAAUUGUAAUGAAAUAUGCUAAACGGGUUGAUAGUAUAUGGGGGGCUUGGUUCUUCUUUAGUUUCUAUUUCAAGCCUGUUCUGAAAGGGAAAUCCAAAGCUAAUAUCACUGUGGAAGUUGAUGGUUUGUCUGGCUUUACGAAAUCUGAUCUGGAUCUCGAUGUUUUCAUAGUCCAGCAUGAUAUGGAGAAUAUUUACAGGUGGGUUUUUAAGGAGAGACCUGAAAAUGCUUUAGGAAAGAUGCAGCUUAGGAGUUUCAUGAAUGGACAUUCUCAUCAUCAAGGAGAUCGUCGUCUGUUUCCGUUCAGUGUCGAAAAGGGAUUCGUUCGAUCGCACAGAAUGCAAAGGAAGUGUUACAGAGGACUUUCGAAUCCUCAAUGUGUUCAUGGAAUCGAACUCGUCCAAUUCCCCAAUUUACUAUCUCUAAGUGAAGAGGAUAAACAAAAGUGGGUUAACCUUACAGGAAGAGAUCUGAACUUCAAAAUCCCCCCUGAAGCUUUAGAUUUCUCUUCUUGGAGAAAUCUUUCAAUACCCGAAUCCAAACUCGAGAAAGCUCCAUUCUUUUCAAUCGAUAGCAAAGAAAAUCUAAAUUCACAGAAACUGCUUGAUGGGAUUGGCCAGAAAAGGAAGAAUUUUUCGCAUGAGUGGUUGAACGAUUUCAGUGGAGUGAUGAGGGAUGCUUAUGGGCCGGUUACAGCUGCCAAGACUAUAUACGAAGAUGGAGGUGGUUAUUUGAUAAUGGUGAGUUUACCAUUCGUCGAUAUUAAGAGGGUUAAGGUUUCUUGGAGGAACAGUUUGACAAAUGGGAUUAUUAAGGUUUCUUGUUUGAGCAUGUCGGGUGCGAUGUUUGUGAAGAGGAAAGAUAGGACAUUCAAGAUGUCUGAUCCGUCGCCUGAGCAUUGCCCUUCAGGGGAAUUCGUUAGAGAAAUCACACUUUCUACACGAAUACCUGAAAAUGCGAAUAUUGAAGCUUAUUAUGAUGAUGUGGAAGGAAUGAUGCUUGAGAUUUUGGUUCCGAAGAUUCGAGAGGGGAUCGAAGAACACGAGGUUCGUGUCUACCCUCAUAGUUAUAAUGAUCUUAUGUUACUUUGACUAGCUUUGUGAGUAAUAUUUCUCAAUUAUUGUCUAUGGAAUUGGGUUUGUAUCUGAUGUUUCUUGCUAAUAAUUGAUAAUAUUUUAUCGAUGCAAAAAAAUAAAAUAAGAUCAUAUCUUAAAU